UUUAAUGAAGUAGGUAGAUUUUUUUUGGGGUGUUGGUUUGGUUUUCGAUUAUUGUAAUGGGUGCAGGAGUUGAAUGUGCACUCACAUGUUACGUGCACAUGAGUUUUGGCUUCUACUUUGUUUCCCAUACACACGAGAAGAUGUUCUUUUGCUCCUUUCUUAUAAAAAAGUUAAUAAUCAUUAACCAAAUAAUACUUGAGAAAUAUCCUGAAUAAUAUUAAGGGGUGGAGUUAGAAUAAUGAUUUAGAGUUUAGAAUAACUAAAUCAUUUUAGUAUAUAAUUAAUACUGUUUUGAAUAUUUUUCUUUUAUGUGAUAUUUAUCAUAAUUUUGUUUUUUGUAUUACACUUUUGUGAAUAUAGAUUUAGAUAAGGAUUCGAUUAAAAGUUUUAUUUGUGAAUUUGCUGAAAAAACUUGUUAAAAAUGAAAAAUUAAAAGAAAAGAAUGGUUCAUUAUCUUUAGAGUUUAAUGAGACUAGGUAACAAAGUUUCCUAUAUCCAUUUUUUCAGGAGUAUAUUUAAGAUGCUACUCGCACAGAACAUCAAAUUUGAGCAAAAUCAUUCAUAGAUUCAUGUUGAAAAAACAUAAUCACAUUAUGGCCAUCAAUUAAAAUCUCAUAGAAUUAGAUCUUACUUUUAACACCAUAACAAACUGAUAAGAGUAAGAACACUUUUCUAAAAGUAUAUACUAAAUGUCAAAAAGAUACCUAAACUUAUAUAAAAAAAUAAAUUAAUAUAAAUUAUUAAACUAAUAUAUAGCAUAAUUGUUAAUAUCUUAAUUUUACAUAUAUUUUCCUGAUUUUUCCAUAUCCUUCUCGUUCUUCUAAAAUUUCCAAAUCCUUUUUGAUAUGUUUCCAUAAUCCUAAUACUAUCAAAUAAAAAAAGCUAAGGAUCAUUGCGAGGUGAAGGAAGGAAGGAGGAGAUGACGAAACCAAAGAGAGACGAACUGAAUCAAAUCCUUUCUAGUUAUUUCGAUACCAUUAACGAUACUCUCCAGUUGUUCGAGCACUCUCCGCCUCCGACACAAGUCAAAAUAAACUGGAACGAUGUACUUCAGAUGUCUGAUCACCUCUCCAGACAAGCCACCAUAGUCGGAAUGCUAUGGACUGGAGAACCUCCAAAAGCUGAAGCAUUGAAAGAGACAAUGGAGUCAUACUACAACGCGCUUCAAGGGUUUUUGUUGCUUUGCCAUGGAAGCAUGAUUGGUGCUGUUCCUACACUUUCUUCAUCCAUACAAGCCUCUGUGAAGCAGAUUGUUGAUUCCAGCUUCAAGUUGUUGCAUGGUUCUGUCUCUUUAUACGGAGGUGAGAAAGACAGGAAGCCGUCAAUACCGCAGCUUACAGGAGCAGUGUGGGAGGCAUGCUCUAACUUAAAGAAGAUUCCUACGACAAACAUCAAAGCAAUUGGCCGAGCAAUGACACAGGUCGCUGUUUCCGUGAAGGAUGUUCUUAGGGAGAUGCAAGAACUUAAGCCAGCUUCAGCUUGUUCGUCACCCGAGCAUGAUGUUUCUGUAAACUCAGAUGAAGAUGAUGACGAUUUAGGCGAUGACUUGUCACCUGAAGAGCUGGAUGUUGCUGCAUUGGUGGCUGAUGUUGUGUCUGACACCCUCAUAGUGGUGAAAGAACUCAUCCGGGCUAUUGCAAGCAUGAUUAAGAUGGAGAAUCCAGAGGACAAAGGUGAGUUUGUGGACUCGUUUGAGAAGCUACUCAAGUUGUGUCAAGGAACAGGAGAACAGAUUGAUGAGCUUGGAGCCUGUGUGUAUCCCCCACAGGAGCUGAGUCUCAUGAAGCAAAUAUUGGAGAGAAUAAAUGGAUACAUCGGUGAGAUUGAGGCUGAUGCUAUUGGUUUCAUGAACUCUUCUUCAUCAGAAGCUUUCUUGGGAGCAUGCAGAAGGGUGCAGAGUGUGAUUGAACAUAUGGAGACCGAACUAGACACAAGAACUGAAGCUGAAGUAGUUUGCAAUAUGCACAAUGUUACUCUUUAACACUCAAGUUUCUUACUUAGCUUUCUGCAUGUGCACCGGUGACAGUUAUAUGAAAUGAAGCUGUUGCAUAUAUAUCUUGUUAACUAAUACAUACUAAAUCUCAGUGUUCUAAAAAUUUAUCUAUGCGGCAAAUCAGGUUUAAAUGAAACGAUUUCACUAAGACGGUUUUUCUUCUUCUAAAAUUGGCAUAGGCAUUCAAAAAAAUCGGUGUAGGCGGCUGCUUAAACAAAAAUCAUCUAUAAAGUAGUUAAGCACUGCCUAUUGGUUUCUUGAACAUUGCUAAGUCCUAUUUCAGAAUGAAAAAUAACAAUGAUUCUCUGAGAGGAGAGAUCUAAAAGAAACAGCUCAAGAAUCUAAAAACUCAGAGAGUUUUUUCCUACAAUGCAUGAGUGAGCUCAAGAGUAUCUGUAGAAGCCUCUCUACAUACAGGAUACAAAUGGAUUCUAUCAGACGAAGCAUUCCUCUCUUUCGAAUCAAUCUCAUAAAUGCAUUUCCAGACAGCACUAUUAGCCUUAAACCCACUUCCAAACCCAGUCAGCCACACAUUUCCAGACAGCACUAUUAGCAUUCCUCUCUUUCGAAUCAAUCUCAUAAAUGAUUUUUGUUCGUUUUUGCAUAAUUUCUUUUUGUUAAAUAUUUAAUUUUUAUUUACACUUUCUGUAUAAUGUUUAUCAAACAACAUAAAUAAAAAUAUACUAACUUUAAUCAAACCUAAUAUACCACUAAAAAUCCGUUAAGGCUUAAUAUUACUAUAUUUAUAUUUUUUAUAAUUUUUACAUAUUUAUACAACAUAAUAUACCUAUAAUUAAAAUACAUAAACCAAUAUGAAUUUUUAUGAUUAAUAUUAUUUAUAAUAUUUUAUUUUAUUUUGUAUACAUCUAAAGUAUAAAGUUGCUUAGACUUUACAAAACAAAAUUAUUUUGUAAAUAUUUAUAUAUGUUCAUGAGUCUUCAAAGUUUUAUUGGUAACAUCUAUAUAUAUAUAAAUAUGUUCGCUUCUCUGCCAAAAUAAAACAAAAGACUGAAUAUAAAUGAAUGCAGUCAAGGGUAAUUGAACCCAUCACCUUCAGCACUGGUAAUUUAUCUUAGAACCACUAGGCUAAAGUCACUUUUUAUAAAUAUGUGGCCGCGAAAAUACUUAUUAUCGUGUCGGCUGGAAGCCCAUGCUUCUUCUGCUUGUGGCCAGAGCCGGCACUGAACUGACGUCAAGAUGAAGAUCGUGAAGUUAAAAACUUUGCUCCAGACAGUUUUGCAAUGUUUCCAACCUUUAUAACUUGAUGCAUAUAAUAUAUAUCAAAAUACAUUUGUUA